AUGCACCAGUCGUACAAUACCGGCGGUAUGGGGCUCGGCGUCAAUGUCGAUGUUGCCAACCAAACCUUCUGGGUCGGUCAGAAGUUUGAGCAGCUGGCGCGCAACUUCUUGAGCUGCAUGGACCGUAAAUGGGACAAUCUGGACUAUGAGGGCUUACGAAAGGCUCUCCUGCCUGUAAAGGUUGGAGGAAAAGGUGGCGCGGAUGCUUGGGGUAUGUCGGAAGCCUUCAAGGCUCUCCGCCGCCUCCAGAACAUCCGCUUCGAAGUGAAGCAUCGCGGCGACUCCAAGGCUUCCAAGGAGCAUAAGGUCAAGGGCUUCGCCUUUGACGUGAAGUAUGGCGAGCUGGGCGCCAACGCGAAGGCGGUCACGUUCAACAAGAAGAUGCCCGAUGGCUCCACCAAGACAUACAGCAUUGCCGACUACUAUUUACAGCACUACAAGACCAGGAUCCAGCACUGGUAUUUGCCGUUGAUUGAGUCUACCAAUGCCGGACUCUUUCCCAUGGAAGUCUGCGAGGUUCACCGGUUCAACCCGUACCCCUUCAAGCUGGACCCCAACCAGACCUCGGAGAUGAUCAAGUUUGCCGUGCAGCGUCCCCCGCAGCGCAAGGCCGAGGUCUUGAAGAUGGUGCAGAAUCUCGAAUGGGGCCAAGACCGCUACCUGGCCCAUUUCGGCAUCAAGAUCAACCCGACCAUGCCGAUGAUCCCAGCAAAGGUCCUCCCCAACCCUGUCAUCCAGUAUGCUGGAAGACCCGUCGAUCCCAAGAUGACGGGCCGCUGGGAUCUCCGCGGCGUGAAGUUCGUCCUCCCCAACAAGGUGCCGCUUACCUCGUGGGCCUUCGUCAUUGUCGACAACUGCAUCGACAAGACGACUGCGGAGAACUUUGCCAAGGUUUUCAAGACCACGUACGCAGGUCACGGCGGCAAGAUUGUGAAUGACCCAAAGAUCUAUGCGCCUCCGCGGGGUGUACCGGUGGACCAGAUCGUCCGGGGGUGCUACCAAAGGUGCGGGCAAGAGAACAAGUUCACGCCCCAGAUCAUUUUCUACAUUCUCAGGGACAAGACGGCAUUUGUCUAUGACAGGUUCAAGCAGGCCAACGACUGCGGCGUUGCAUGCUUGUCGCAGAUGCUGCAGGCCCAACACGUUCGGAAGGCUCAGGGUCAAUACUGCUCGAACGUCUGCAUGAAGGUCAACUCCAAGCUGGGUGGGCAGACCUCGAAGAUUGCCAGCAGAGCAAGGCGCAUUUUUGAGCACAUUCGACCAUGA